UUAAAAAGAUAACUGUCUCAGGUUCUCUUCUAGACUUGACAAAUAAGAAACUGGGAUUUCUUGCUUUACCCAUUCGCGGUGGCGGCCAUAUUGAGGGAUGCGUGGUUGCAAGUUAAACCCAAUUCAUAUCGGAGGGAGGAGGCACAUCUGCGGGAGUCCGUCAUGCGUCCUAGAGCUGUCGUUUGUCGUGUAAUAGCCACACAAUCUCUACCGGUUCCGGUUUAGAGGUUUUUAUUUGACAAGGUUGAUUACAGUUAGCCUACAAUUUUUAUACUAUAGCAAAGGAACACAAACAAGUAACGUGACUGGAUUAAUAAUUUAUAUCACGGAUUUCCCUCUAUUGAGCACAGCAGUUAUUGAUCUCGUCUCGUGAGGCUGUUCACAUGGUAAAGGAAUGGGACAGACUGUGAUUUUCAUAUUUAACACAAAAAUACCACACUGAGUGCCCCCCGAAACAAUUAUUGAGGACGAAGCGGUCGGGAGGCGUAUGUAACCUCAAGAAAAAAAGAACCGAUUCGGGAAAGGCUUGACUAUGGGCUGUGUCAAGAGUAAAGAGGACAAGGGUCCUACACAGAAGUACCGACCAGAUCCCACCAAUCCCACCCCUGGGUCACACUUGGGUCUCUACGGACCAGAACCCACUCAGAUGGGCCAGUCUCCUGCCGUAAAGGGCCCCACAAACAAUUUCAACAGCCGCACAUCUGGGCUCACCCCAUUUGGUGGCUCCUCUGUCAUCACACCCUUCGGUGGGGCGUCCUCCUUCUCCACUGUUGCUGUGAGCAACCCCUUCCCCGGUGCCGUCACAGGUGGUGUCACUUUCUUUGUGGCCUUAUAUGAUUAUGAAGCCAGGACAUCAGAUGAUCUCUCCUUCAAGAAAGGCGACAGAUUUCAGAUCAUCAACAACACAGAAGGAGACUGGUGGGAGGCUCGAUCCAUCAACACCGGGCAUAAGGGCUACAUUCCCAGCAAUUAUGUGGCCCCUGCCGACUCCAUCCAAGCAGAAGAAUGGUACUUUGGGAAAAUGGGUCGUAAAGAUGCUGAGCGAUUGCUGCUGGUUCCUGGUAACCAGCGAGGUACUUUCUUGGUCAGAGAAAGCGAGACCACUAAAGGGGCGUACUCUCUCUCAAUACGGGACUGGGAUGAGAUGAAAGGAGACAACGUGAAACACUACAAAAUACGAAAACUUGACAACGGGGGCUAUUAUAUCACCACUAGAGCACAGUUUGAGACUCUACAGAAACUUGUGAAGCAUUACACUGAGCAUGCAGAUGGGCUGUGCUACAGACUGACUGCGGUGUGUCCGACGGUGAAGCCACAGACUCAGGGUCUGGCUAAAGAUGCAUGGGAGAUCCCAAGAGAAUCACUGCGUCUGGAGCUCAAACUGGGUCAGGGCUGCUUCGGCGAAGUCUGGAUGGGAACAUGGAAUGGCACAACUAAAGUAGCUAUAAAGACUCUAAAGCCUGGUACCAUGUCUCCUGAAGCCUUCCUGCAAGAGGCCCAAAUCAUGAAGAAGCUUCGGCACGACAAGCUGGUGCCCCUGUAUGCCGUUGUGUCUGAGGAGCCAAUUUACAUUGUCACAGAGUACAUGGGCAAAGGGAGUUUGCUCGACUUCUUAAAGGAAGGUGAGGGCAAAUACCUCAAGCUGCCCCAGCUGGUGGACAUGGCUGCCCAGAUUGCAGAUGGCAUGGCCUUCAUUGAGAGGAUGAACUACAUCCACAGAGACCUAAGGGCUGCUAACAUCCUGGUGGGUGACAAUCUAGUCUGCAAGAUAGCUGAUUUUGGCCUGGCCAGACUAAUUGAAGACAACGAAUACACUGCUAGACAAGGAGCCAAGUUUCCCAUUAAGUGGACUGCACCAGAGGCAGCUUUGUAUGGUCGAUUCACUAUCAAAUCUGAUGUCUGGUCCUUCGGUAUUCUGCUGACUGAGCUGGUGACUAAGGGCAGAGUGCCAUAUCCAGGCAUGGUGAACAGAGAGGUGUUGGAACAGGUGGAGCGGGGCUACAGGAUGCCGUGUCCCCAGGGCUGCCCGGAGUCGCUGCACGAAAUGAUGCGACUCUGUUGGAAGAAGGAUCCCGACGAGCGGCCCACUUUUGAAUACAUCCAGUCCUUCCUGGAGGACUAUUUCACCGCCACUGAGCCACAGUACCAGCCCGGAGACGACCUGUAGAGACCCUGCAGGACCAGAGACUCAUCAUCACGUGCCAAUUAGCCACAAGGAUGGUUUCAAAACCCGUUGUGGAACCUCCUCCAUACAGCUCCCCUGCACACUUGUCCUUUAAGAGAUGUUUUUUUCUUUUCUUUUCCCCCCAGAGUCAAAUUUAUAAACUCGAUUUGAGCAUUAAACAAAAAAAGAUCAUAGUAUGACUUUUUUCUGGAUUUUCUCUAUCUGAGGGUGUGUGUGUGUGGUGGAGUUGAUUGUUUGGAACAGGACCAUAUCACACUCCCAGAGCUCUGCUGGGGUAAUAUCUUGCACUGCAGACAAAGGGCGCUGUGAGGAAAGCAAUGAGCUUUGUACUAACGGCUGGUUCACAGUUGCACAAAAUCUUUUUUAUAUAAUUCUUUUCUCCUCUUUGCCUGUAUUCUUUUUUUCACAUGAACGCUAAAUCAUAUUGUGAAAUCAAAUCCUUUUUAUUUUAAUGUUGAUAUUUUUCCCUUUGAUUUUGUCUUUAGUAGUAGUUGAGUAGGUUAUUAAAAGUGACCAAUAACUGUGGUUAAAUCUGUUGGUGCUAACAGAGACAGUUGGGACAGGACUGUGGAAGUCAGAGAAAGAAAGAGGACAUAUAGAGAAAGAGAGACUGAUGGAUGAGAGGGCAUUAGCCAAUUUGAAUGUAUGAGCGCUUGAGUUUGGAGUGAAUUUAUAAAUUACAAUUUAUAAGACUGAUUACAGGGGCAGUUUUUUUUGUUUGUUUUUUCUUUAACACUUUUAAAGCAAAUAAUCAUUUUUAAACUUUCAUUUCGUCACAGUCUAUCAAGACUUUGAUGAGAACUUGAAAUCAUAUCCUGGAAGAUGAUUCAUAUUUGAAAGCCUUUCGUUGGGCAUUUUUGACGACCUAUUGCAAUUUCAACCAGCUGCUAUUUUUAAAGCAAAAAGUCAAACCUAUUGCAAAUAUAUAAAUCUUGUUUUUGUCUUAAGGUCUUCAACUGUAAUUUGGCAGAGAGACCACUGAUUAAAUAAACACUAGAUCAGACCAGUCCAAACAUCAUUCUUUAUGCUGCUGUCAAGACCCGACAGUUAAACACUAAAUAUCACAACAGUAAUGCCUGAGUCUUUUUUGAUGUACAUCAGCAGCAACACUGCCAGGUUUAUGUUCAGCAAUCAGUCUGUGGAGGGAGAGGAGGGGAGGGGGGGUGUAGAAAGAAUAACUAAAUUGUGCCCAAGACAAAAAAAAAUUACUAUUGGGUGUAGCUCCACCUUUAGCUCUACCCCUAUUGCCAACCUGUACACUCAAAUAAAUGAAUGACAGAGAUUUAUUGCUCAUUCACAGAUUAUUUCAUUUAUGACAUUUUCCCAGUUUUUUUUUAGUAGAAAUGGUUUCUUCAUCCUGACAUGCAUAUGUGAACUUGCUAAAAUUAUUUAAUGUAGAUCCAUUUGUUUUGUUUCUUUUGCAAGUUUCUUGAAAAUCAAUCUUUUUUUUGUAUCUGUCACCAUGACGAGGUACCAUGUUUGCUGCUGGUGGAGGCGUUUCAUUUAAGACAUGUUUUGGCAUGAACACUGUGAAAUAUUCAGGUACUGCAGAUUAAAACCAUUUACUAAUGAAAGUUUGGAUGGAAUCAGUAGAAUUUGCCUUCCAAACUGAGCACAGCAAAAAGCUUUAAAGGAAUAUUCAGGGUUCAAUCAACAGCAUUUGUGGCAUAAUAUUGAUUACCACACAAAUUAAUGUGGACCUGCUCCUCCUUUUCUUUAAAAACAAAUAAAAAAGAAUCUGGGUUCCAUUGAGGCACUUACAAUGGAAGUGAAUGGGGCCAAUCCAUAAACAUAAAAAAUAUAGCCACAAGACUUAAACAUUAUGCAUGUUAACUUGAUUUUAGUGUGAUUAAAUCACUUGCUAACAUCUUCAGUGUAAAGUUAUGGCCAAUUUUGCAACUUUGUUGGCAUGACAAUAUAAUGUCAACAAACCCUAAACGACUGUAAAAAUUAAUGCUCAAAUGAUACAUGAGUUUUUUAACAGAAGAAUUAAUUCAAGUGCUUUUAUAAAAUUAUGAGAUUAUUAUUAUUUGGGCCUUUAAACCCUCCCAAAAUUGGCCCAAUUCACUUCCAUUGUAAGUGCACCUCUGUAACAUCAGUUUGUGCUUUUUUUAUAGAAAAGGUUGGACAAGUCAAAAUUCUAUUUUGUGGUAAUCAACAUCACGCUACAAAUGCUGUUCAUUGAGCUUAACUUGGAUUGAACCUGGAAUAGUACUUUUAAUAGCUUGAUCAACACUGCAUAUUACUGUUCAACGUUAUCCUUGAAACUGAAAGAUGAAAUGGUACAGGUCUUAAUAUUUGAGUCAAUGGGUUAAUUUCAUCCAUGAUAGGGAAUUGAAUGCAUUUGAUAUGAAUGAAAAGACAGUUAUCUUGUGGGAACAUGUGGAGGGCUAAUUUGUUACUUUGUUUCUUCUCUCUUUUGUUGCAUUGCUUCCCAUGUCUAUAGAGAGGCCUGGUUUUUGUUCUUAUGUAUGUGAGCUCUUUGUACCAGGGACCUCAUUGUCUCCUUUGUCUUGAUCCAGGACAUCACCCACACAUCUUUUUCAUCAACACCUUCUGUUUUAAAAGGGCUACAGGCAAGUUUGUCUAAAACUCUUAUCAACUUUGCUUUUUAUUUUUUAAAGAGACAGAGAGAAAUCUUGUAGGGUGUAAGGUGACGGUCUACGAUAGAGAGUUUUAACUAAAUGGUGAGGAUAUUUGUUGUGAAAAAAAUAGUUAUGAUUACUAAUCUGAAGAAUUUGUACAGAAAAAUAAAAUAAAAUUUUACAUGCUUUUGACUA